GAAAUAAAAAGGCAGACAGCCAAAACCAGAAAAGAUUCGGCAUUUCUUCCUCUUUACUUUGCUGCCCCUGAAUUCUGCCUUUGGAAACUCCAAGGAAGCGGAGUUGCUUGAGCAGAAAAAUGAAGGGGCUUGUGGUUGUCCUCCUCUGUGUGGCUGUGUUUCCUAGAGGCCACUGGUGUGGUAAGUGUGGAUGUGUGUUGUUUACAAUGCACAACAACAAUAACAGCAAUCAUAUAAUGUUCUUCCUAUCUAGCCUUAUAAUUACUGCCCUCUGCACAGAUAUCAAUGGCUGUGUUACCUCACUGAAGCGGGACAUCCUGAAGUUGAUGGUGAAAUGGGAAGAUGCUACUUGUCUUCAGAACCAGCAAGGCCUGCCUCCGAACCUCCUCCAGACUUUGCCUCGAAGCUGCAAAGAAAUCAAAACAGCAUUAGAAGGAGCUGCAGAUGGAUUGUAUUUCCUGAGCACAGAAGAUGGUGAGAUAUACCAAACCUUCUGUGACAUGACUACCCAUGGAGGAGGAUGGACACUGGUGGCCAGCAUCCAUGAGAACAACAUCUAUGGAAAGUGCACCUUGGGAGAUCGUUGGUCUAGCCAGCAGGGGAACAAUGCUAAUUACCCCAAUGGUGAAGGUCACUGGGCCAAAAACUCCACCUUUGGAACAGCUGUAGGCUCAACCAGCGAUGACUACAAGAAUCCUGGCUACUAUGAUCUUCAAGCACAAGAUAUGGCCAUAUGGCAUGUUCCCAAUAACAGCCCCAUGAAGGAAUGGCGUGAUGCUGCCAUCUUGAGGUAUCACACUGAAACCGGCUUCUUCAAUGUAGAAGGAGGGAACCUUCUCAGGCUCUAUCAGCAAUACCCAGUGACGUAUGGCAUUGGCUCCUGUCCGGCUAACAAUGGCCCAGUUGUACCUGUUACAUAUGAUUUUGGUAAUGCUCAGCAGACAUCCUUCUAUUACUCUCCAAAUUCCAGACGUGAAUUUGUUGCUGGCUUCAUCCAGUUCCGAGUGUUUAAUCAUGAGAAAGCUGCUUUGGCUCUCUGUGCUGGGGUUAAAGCCACCGGUUGUAAUACAGAAACCUUCUGCGUUGGAGGAGGAGGCUAUAUCCCAGAAGGCGCUCCCCGGCAGUGUGGCGAUUAUGCUGCCUUUGAGUGGGAUGGCUAUGGUACACACACCGGCUGGAGUGUUUCCAAACAGUUGUUGGAAUCUGCAAUGCUCAUCUUUUAUCGAUAAGUGUGGGAAGGGCAGUAAUCAAAAAAAAUCAGAGCUGCAUCCCAGAAUGGUGGAAAUUUCUUGCUUCUAGUGUUUUUGCAAAGCUUAUGAGGCCAAUAAAAAUGUGAAUAAUAUCAGC